CGUGAGGCCGGCUCCCAUAAUAUAUGGUCGCGAUCCAUCAAUCUUGAGCCAUACCGAUCCAACAACCAUCAUGGUCAGCGAAUUGGACCUCCACUAUCCGUCCGAGAGCUGUCCCUUCUGCAAUAUUGCCCAGGCGUACCCCGAACCACAGCCUGAGCCCAGCAGGAAAGGCGAUAGUGCAUCCGCGUCGUCGAAGUCGUUAUUAUGGAGUCCCCCUAGCCCGACACGAGAAACUCGUACCUACCAAGAAGAAGAGAAAAGAGAAGAAUCGAGUUUGCAAUCAUGCGUACCGCGGGACGAUGGUGAUGUUGGAAGCGCGAACCCUGAUAGGACGAGCCCUGCAAGCUUCGUGGUCCUGGCUUCGCAAGAAGUGGUGGCUUUCUUAGAUAUUCUGCCCAUGGUCGGCGGUCACCUGUUGGUUGCUACACGGCACCAUCGAGUCAAAGUCGCAGACAUGAAAGAUGAUGAAGGGAGGGAAAUGGGAUUCUGGUUGCCCAUAUUAUCAAGAGUCGUGGCCAAGGUGACGGGAGUUCAGGAUUACAAUAUUGUGCAGAACAAUGGCGCAAGAGCAGCACAAGUCGUCCCGCAUGUGCACUUCCACAUUAUUCCGCGACCAGGAACGAUGCCAGAGAUCAAGAGCAAGAGCUGGGCCAUGUUCGGAAGGGGCCAAAGAGACGAAUUGGACGAUGAUGAAGGGGCGAAGUUGGCGGCAGAGAUGAGGAGCGUGUUGAGAGAAGAAAUCGAGAAGAUGGGUAGAAGGCCAAGAUUAUAG